ACAUGAUUAAGUUAAUUGAAGGCAAUCUGAUUAGAUAAGCGAUGGCAAAAUCCGUCUACACAAGGAACCCUCUAUAAAAUAUAUCAUUUCCAUUGCUGAUCAUAGGGGUUCGGAUUUUUUUGUUUCAGUUUGCGAAAUCACACGAAACAAGCAUUUUUGCCAAAAUGUUAGACUCUCUGAAAUGGAUAUCUGUUCUCCUGAGCAUGUUGUAUGUUCACCACACAAUGGGAAACCAAAUUACAGACUCUGAUGACCAGCCGCCUAUGUUCGACAACACCUCCCUUCUACUGUACCUUCGUCCUAACGGAAGUGACGUCGAUUAUGCCAUCUACACGUGCAUGCAGGGAUAUGAAAUGACACAGCCAGCCGAUACGGUGUUUGCAACCUUUGCCCCUUCAACCCGGAAGUGGAAUUUCUCAGCCACACCACAAUGUCAAGGUAUAUCAUGUCCCCUUCCUGCGAGCCCAGCUAAUGGGUACGUGACAUUCGGCGAUGGCGUUGAUGGUACCGGUGGUGGUGCUGUUGCUGGUACCGCUGGAGAUGCAGGUAACCAGAUGUACCCAGUGGGAACAGUAGGGGUGUACGCAUGCAAUGAGGGGUACCAGUUAGAUGGAGGUCCUACCACCACCACCACCACCUGUGCCAUAGAUGGAUCUUGGAGUUCAGCACCUCCAUAUUGCCAAGCUAUAGAACACAUGUAA